GCCCGGACCGGGAUGGCGGCCGUUUUGGAGUCGCUGCUGCGAGAAGAGGUGUCGGUCGCAGCCGUCGUGCGGUGGAUCGCGCGCAGCACCCGGGGGUCGGAGGUAACAGCGCUGACACGCCCCCAGGAUAACCCCGGGGAGGCGGCCGCGCUGAGCUCACUCCGGCCCCUGCGGAAAGAAUUCGUACCGUUCCUGUUGAACUUCCUGAGGGAGCAGAGCAGCCGCGUCCUCCCGCAGGGGCCCCCGACCCCCGCCAAGGCCCCGGGCGCCUCGGCAGCCUUGCCAGGGAGGCCGGGAGGCCCGUCGCGGGGCAGUCGCGGGGCGCGCAGCCAGCUCUUCCCUCCGACCGAGGCCGCGAGCACCGCCGCCGAGGCCCCUCUGGCCCGCCGCGGGGGCAGGAGGCGGGGCCCGGGGCCGGCCCGCGAGCGUGGAGGCCGCGGCCUGGAGGAGGGGGUCAGCGGGGAGAACCUGCCCGGAGCCGGGGGCCGGAGGCUCAGGGGCUCUGGCAGCCCCAGCCGCCCCAGCCUCACGCUCUCUGAUCCACCAAACCUCAGCAACCUGGAGGAGUUCCCUCCCGUAGGCUCGGUUCCCCCCGGCCCUGCAGGCAGGACGAAGCCUUCUCGCAGGAUCAACCCAACUCCGGUGAGCGAAGAGCGGUCACUCUCCAAGCCCAAGACCUGCUUCACCUCACCCCCAAUCAGCUGUGUCCCCAGUUCCCAACCCUCAGCCCUGGACACUAGCCCUUGGGGCCUUGGCCUUCCCCCAGGGUGCAGAAGUCUGCAAGAGGAGCGGGAGAUGCUCAGGAAGGAGCGCUCUAAGCAGCUGCAGCAGUCACCUACCCCUACCUGUCCCACCCCAGAACUGGGGUCGCCCCUCCCCAGCCGGGCAGGAAGCCUCACAGAUGAACCUGCAGACCCUGCCAGAGUUUCUUCCCGCCAGCGCCUGGAGCUGGUAGCCCUUGUUUACUCCUCGUGCAUUGCUGAGAACCUCGUACCAAACCUCUUCUUGGAGCUUUUCUUCGUCUUUCAGCUGCUCACUGCCCGGAGGAUGGUGACUGCCAAGGACAGUGACCCUGAACUAAGUCCAGGUGUCCUAGAUUCCCUGGAAAGUCCACUGUUCCAAAGCAUCCACGAUUGUGUCUUCUUUGCAGUGCAGGUUUUGGAGUGUCACUUUCAGGUUCUUUCCAACCUGGACAAAGGGACCUUGAAGCUGCUGGCUGAGAAUGAGCGGCUGCUGUGCUUCUCACCAGCUCUGCAAGGCCGCCUUCGAGCUGCCUAUGAGGGCAGUGUUGCCAAGGUCUCUCUGGCAAUGCCUCCCUCUGCUCAAGCUGUCUCCUUUCAGCCAGAGACUGACAAUCGUGCCAACUUCUCCAGUGACCGAGCCUUUCAUACUUUUAAAAAACAGAGGGAUGUGUUUUAUGAGGUGCUGCGAGAGUGGGAAGAUCACCAUGAGGAGCCUGGCUGGGAUUUUGAGAAGGGCUUGGGCAGCAGAAUCAGGGCCAUGAUGGGCCAGCUGUCUGCAGCCUGCAGCCACAGCCACUUUGUUCGGCUUUUCCAGAAACAACUACUCCAGAUGUGUCAGAGCCCUGGUGGUGCUGGGGGCACCGUCUUGGGCGAGGCCCCAGAUGUGUUGAGUAUGCUGGGAGCUGACAAGCUGGGGCGGUUGUGGCGCCUACAGGAACGGCUUAUGGCUCCUCAGAGCAGUGGGGGGCCCUGCCCACCCCCCACCUUCCCAGGCUGUCAAGGCUUCUUUAGGGACUUCAUCCUUAGUGCCAGCAGCUUCCAGUUUAACCAGCAUCUCAUGGACAGUCUGAGCUUGAAGAUCCGGGAGCUCAAUGGCCUGGCCUUGCCCCAGCAUGAGCCCAGUGAUGAAGACGGGGAGUCAGAUGUAGACUGGCAGGGUGAGCGGAGGCAAUUUGCUGUGGUGCUUCUUAGCCUGAGACUUUUGGCUAAAUUCCUGGGCUUUGUGGCUUUCCUGCCAUACCGGGGGCCUGAACCUCCCCCGACCGGUGAGCUUCAGGACUCCAUUCUGGCCCUCAGGAGCCAGGUCCCUCCGGUCCUGGAUGUGCGGACUCUGCUGCAGCGAGGGCUGCAGGCCCGCCGGGCGGUGCUCACCGUGCCCUGGCUGGUGGAGUUUCUCUCCUUUGCUGACCAUGUUGUUCCCUUGCUGGACUAUUACCGGGACAUCUUCAUUCUCCUGCUGCGCCUGCACCGGAGGUUGGUGUUGUCGCAGGAGAGUGAGGGGAAGAUGUGUUUCCUGAACAAGCUGCUGCUACUUGCUGUCCUGGGCUGGCUUUUCCAGAUUCCCACAGUCCCUGAGGACUUGUUCUUUCUGGAAGAGGGUCCCUCAGAUGCCUUUGAGGUGGACACAGUAGCCCCAGAGCAUGGCUUGGACGCCGCGCCUGUGGUGGACCAGCAGCUGCUCUACACCUGCUGCCCCUACAUCGGGGAGCUCCGGAAACUGCUGGCGCUGUGGGUGUCAGGCAGCAGUGGACGGAGUGGGGGCUUCAUGAGGAAAAUCACCCCCACCACAACCACCGGCCUGGGAGCCCAGCCUUCCCAGACCAGCCAGGGGCUGCAGGUAAGGGCAGGGCGGAGACAGCCACGGGGGAAAGUGGGGAGGUGGGGGGAGGUCAGAGGAAGCCUCGCUGCCUCUCCCUUCUCCCGCCAGGCGCGGCUCGCCCAGGCCUUUUUCCACAACCAGCCACCCUCCCUGCGCCGGACUGUAGAGUUUGUGGCAGAGAGAAUUGGAUCAAACUGUGUCAAACAUAUCAAGGCUACACUGGUGGCAGAUCUGGUGCGCCAGGCAGAGUCACUUCUCCAAGAGCAGCUGGUGACACAGGGAGAGGAAGGGGGAGACCCAGCCCAACUGUUGGAGAUCUUGUGUUCCCAGCUGUGCCCCCACGGGGCCCAGGCAUUGGCCCUGGGGCGGGAGUUCUGCCUAAGGAGGAGCCCUGGGGCUGUGCGGGCGCUGCUUCCAGAGGAGACCCCGGCAGCCGUUCUGAGCAGUGCAGAGAACAUUGCUGUGGGGCUUGCAACAGAGAAAGCCUGUGCUUGGCUAUCAGCCAAUAUCACAGCACUGAUCAGGAGGGAGGUGAAAGCAGCAGUGAGUCGCACACUUCGAGCCCAGGGUCCUGAACCUGCUGCCCGGGGGGAGCGGAGGGGCUGCUCCCGCGCCUGUGAGCACCAUGCUCCCCUCCCCUCCCACCUCAUCUCCGAGAUCAAAGACGUGCUCUCCUUGGCCGUGGGGCCACGGGACCCUGACGAGGGAGUUUCCCCAGAGCAUCUGGAACAGCUCCUAGGCCAGCUGGGCCAGACACUGCGGUGCCGCCAGUUCCUGUGCCCACCUGCUGAGCAGCAUCUGGCAAAGUGCUCUGUGGAGUUAGCUUCCCUCCUCGUUGCAGACCAAAUUCCCAUCCUAGGUCCCCCGGCACAGUACAGGCUGGAGAGAGGGCAGGCUCGAAGGCUUCUGCACAUGCUGCUUUCCUUGUGGAAGGAAGACUUUCAGGGGCCAGUUCCGCUGCAGCUGCUGCUGAGCCCAAGAAACGUGGGGCUUCUGGCAGACACAAGGCCCAGGGAGUGGGACUUGCUGCUAUUCUUGCUCCGGGAGCUGGUGGAGAAGGGUCUGAUGGGAAGGAUGGAGAUAGAGGCCUGCCUGGGCAGCCUCCACCAGGCCCAGUGGCCAGGGGACUUUGCUGAAGAAUUAGCAACACUGUCUAACCUGUUUCUAGCCGAGCCCACCCGGCCAGAACCCCAGCUGAGAGCUUGUGAGUUGGUGCAGCCAAACCGGGGCACUGUGCUGGCCCAGAGCUAGGGCUGAGAAGUGGCCCCGCCUGGGGCAUCUCACCAGAACCCUGGACCCCCCCUCACGAGGAGGCCGAAGUGCCCACUGCGGACCCUCACUGGCUGGGGAGUAGCCGGGUCUACAGUCAGACUUCCUGCUCUGUGAAAGAAGGAUGUCGCUGCCUGGCAUCCCACCACACGAAUCCGAGGAGGAGGAGAGUUGGCCUGAUUCGGGAUUAUGGCAGAAAAGCCAAGAUGACAGUCCUGAAGUAGAAGAGGUGGUGUUUAUCUCUUGGAUACUAAGUGAAAUGAGGUGUGUGGGCUUGUCAACACAGAAUUCAAGCCUCAUUUGCUAUCCCAGCAGCUCUUAAAACUUUGUGGUCUUGGAACUCAUGACAGAGGCAAAUGACUUCCGCUUAACUUACGAAGAAAAAAAUAUGAAUCUUGGGAGUCUACAUUUUCUUAUCACCAGGAGGUGGACUGCCAUCUCCUUAAAAAUGCCUAACACAGGCCGGCUGUGGUGGCUCAUGCCUGUAAUCCCAGCACUUUGAGAGGCCUGAGAUAGGUGGAUCGCUUGAGAUCAGGAA